AUGUCUGAGAAGAUGCGGGAAUCUCAAGAGGAUAUAGUGGCCAAGUUAACCCGACUGAUAACUAAGGGAGGUUUCACCCCUCCACAUGAGCGAGCUCAAGCUGAAUACCCGCGCAAAUCUACUGUCACCAUCAUGCCUCAGCAGUUUCGGGCUGGUAUUUCGAACCUCCAAACUGGGCCGGGUUCUAAUCCUAAAAAUAAUCCUGUUCAUUGUUCACCAAGAAGUUUUUUUGGGGUAGAGAAUUUUCUUGAUGAUGAUAAUAGCAAGCCAUACACUUAUCAGAAAGGAAAAAAGUCGAAGAAUCCGAACAAGCAUGUCUCAUUUAAACAACGGACCGAAGCCUACAUGGAACCAUUUACACUUGAUGUCUUCAUCUCAAAGCGGUUUGUUUCCACUUCUGUCACACAUAGGGUGACAUGUAAGCAAGUUGCAGUCGCAGGCACAAACUCGAAAGACAUUAAAGCAGUACUGAGAUCCAGAUCGGACAUUCCGGCUUGCUUGGUAAUCGGGCGGAUAUUAGCUGAGAGAGCGAGAGAAGCCGAUGUGUAUACAACUUCUUAUACUCCCAGGGAGAGGGACAAAUUCGAAGGCAAAAUCAGAGCUGUGGUUCAAUCCCUCAUUGAUAAUGGAAUUGAUAUUAAAGUUUAUCUUGAUUGA